UACAAAUGGCUGCGCCCAUGGGGGAAAUGGCAGCAGCUAGAAGAAACACUCGGGUGGAAAUACUUGUAGCACGGUUAGAAAGAAAUGACCACCCUCUACAUUUAUUUGUGUCGCGAGAAGAUGCAAAUGAUCUCAAUAUUGCAGACGACUCUACAUGUGUCAUUGCUGCUCUGAGUGUUCGCCACCAGUUGAAAAAUGACGUUUCUGGUUUGAACUUGAGUAUGUCAAGUGGUUUCGAAUCACCCUCAUCUUCAGUGUCUGGUGAAUUGAAAUUGCCCCCUUACAGUGAUAAUGUCUGUUACAGAUUCAGCUCCGAAAUCCUCACAUAUGUGUGGGUACGCGAUCCCCUUGAUCUUGAACUGUCAGCUUCAUUAUUAGCCGAUGAAGCAGACGAUGGGGAAGAACCACAUCAUGAGAAGAGGCCACGUCUUCUAUGUAGCGACGAUUUCCUUGAUCAUUACAGGUUAAGUUUGAAUGAUGUAGUUUACUUCAGACAAGUCCGGUUAUUUCCUCUCUGCAAAGUUGUUAUUGCAGUAUCUGACAAAGAAGCCUACACCUGGUUGCGAAAUAACAAGUUCAGCAAUGGAAUCAUUACUGAAAUCAUCCAACAUGAAGUUGUUGCCAAGAAGGAUCAGGAUUUCCUUGCUCCCUACCCACCUUUAUUUCUGGAAGACAAUACAUUUCAGAAUAGCUGGUUCAGCACAAUGAAGGUUGUAGAAUGCACUCCACUUCACCAGGGAGUUGUCACUGUCAACACAGAGAUUGUUCUGUUCUAUGAUGAAUUCACAAACCAGACUAUUGCUGACAGGAGAAAACGUCUUUCAACUGCUACAAUUGAACAUUUAUUGUCAAAACCUGACAAUUUAUAUGUUUCUGAUUUUUGUCGAUCUAUCAGUACAGUAAGCAAUCAAACUGAUAGAAGUCGUCAUACAUCAGGUAGUGCUUCAAGCCUAGAGUCAAGUUCAGUUUUUAUAACAUUCAAUUCAUUUGUUGUUGAACAAGACCGACAGUGGAGAAAAAUUCUUGGGAAAGAUUUAGAGAGAACCUCAGAUCCUCAUAAUUUCAUUGGUAUACCGAAGAAACUGAUGCUGCAGCAUGGGUUAUUUGAAGGCAGUAUUUUGAAAGUGUCUUUAUCGGAUAAUGUCAACACUGAGACCGAAGAGCCAUUAAGUGUACUGGUUGGAAGUUUUGAUCGCCUUGGAAAUGAUCCAGUGACGUCUCCAGUACUAGAGUCACGUAAACUGCCAAAGCAGAAAGCUGUAACUGUCAAAUGCCUAGCAAGACAUCUGAGUGGAUCAGAAAAAAGUUUUCAUUUCUGCUCUGUUAUGGUUCAAUCUUCAUUCAGCUCCUCCUCUCACUGAGGACCCUGUGCUGGUUUGUGAGAAAUUGUCUGAUGAAUCCCUGGAGAGUGAUGUUGAUGAGGGCAGCCAUUCCCUCAGCUCCUCUCUCGACACCAGCCUGCCUGUUGCCUCGGAGGUGCACAUCUCCAUUAUCAACUCCCCCAACUACAGUCCACGCA